ACUUGCAAGACGAAUUCUUUGACACACCAAGGCUGUCCACCGUACAAGCCUUAAUACUUAUGUUGAAAUACCAGGAGGGAAUUCGUCGGCCUGGCUUUUUUUACAGAAGCUGGGUGCACUUUGGGACCAUCACUCGCAUGGUACAAGACCCAGGCCUAAACAGGAGUUUUGACAAAUACAGUUAUCCCAUCUCCAAUGAAGAUAUGAUUGCCAGAAAGCGAGUGUGGCAAGUCUGCUUUCUGUGUGACCAAUUCAUGAGUGGAGCACAAGGACGAGAUGUUGUCAUAUCUCUCAGCCAGGCUGACAUAGAUUUACCGUUGAAAGAAGAAUAUGGCGACGACGAGGAAGAAUUCAAUGUUCAAACGAACUUUGUACACCUUGUACGCCUCUCUAAAAUACUCGCAAGCGUAAUGACAAUUAUUGCUCCAGCUGGUUCUGGUUCUCCGCUUCAGCCAUGGAAUUCCAAUCCCAAACUACAGACGCUUGACCAGGCACUCGAAGCCUGGUAUGCAGCGCUUCCUCAGCGGCUUCAGUGUACUCAGCCAUCAGAUCCUUCCACCAGCCCGGUCGUUCAACCUAUUGAAUCUCAUUUCUCCGGUUUUCUGAACAUUCUUUACCACACAAUCACAAUACUGUUGCAUCGGCCAUACGUGACCAAUUUCAAUAGAGCAGCGCAACCAAACCACCACCAUUUGAACAUCUGCUCUACCGCCGCAAACACCAUUUCACAAAUCGCACAAUUGGUGUACGAAAAAUGGGGGCCGCUUGUGUUUCAAUAUCCGUUGAGGGGAGGAAAUUAUGGCGUAUAUUGUCUUGUUUCCGCUUCAAUGAUCCACCUCGUGAAUAUGACGUCUCCAGAUGUGUUGUGCGCUAAAGCAGCUCACGACUACUUGUUGAGCACGCUUGCGGUUCUUAGAAUCUGUGUUGACCACAGUGCAGCAACGGAACUAUGUGACAAAGUAGCGGCUCUGGAAGUGGCCUUUUCUGCGCAACAAGCGCGUCAGUCAGCUAUUCCUGUCGUGUUCAAUCAAGGUGCUAAUACUGGAGCAAUGGAUCAGGUUAACGGUCUUAAUUAUGUCAAACGACGACAGAUGCCGCGCCGUCGUCAGCCGACCGGAAUACCAGGCUCACACCAUCACGCAACAAAUGCUCAUAUAAUUUCAAGUAAUUUAUCAUUGCUAAAUCAAACACCUCAGUUCCACGAGCGCUCGUUGUUUGCUCUACCAGAAGAUCAAAGCAUGCCACCGACGUUUACAUCUGAUGCCGGACACGCGGCCUACGACUUCAUGAACACGCCGCUUGAUGAGAACAGUUCGCUUCUCACUUCUUCCAUGGGAAACAUUCCACUCACUCCCCCCAUGACAGUGCCUAACUCAGAAUAUAACCCAAUGAUGUCGAUCAACAAUCCCAAAUCAAUAGACAUAAACGGUGGUACUAUAGAUCCUAAUAGUACUUACUGGGAUUCUGAUCAAAUUUAUUUGCUCAAUCAAAUAAAUCAAAAUCAGCAGAACAUGUGGUCAGGCAGUGGAACCAUUAGCCCUAUCAGCAUCAGUACGUCGCCUGUAGCUACACCGUCACUGACGCAUUCCCAGGCGUCACCCUCGUACAAUGCUGCUCAUUCGGCUCAUUCGAAAGUGUCAUCUGCAGAAUCUACUCCAUUACAUGUACCUCAUCAUCUACCAACGGUAAUCGACCCAGUGCUCGUUGCUUCUCAGAAUCAGGAAUUACUUUUGGGAUCAGAUAGUAAUGGAUGGUUUAUGCAAUGA